CUUUUCCACCUCUCUCAGUAGCUACCAGUCAUUCCCUCUAAAUCCAUCUUUUUUUUUCCUUUUUCUUUUCUCUCUGCUUUUGAUUAUUAGCUUCUGCUUCACUUCGUUCGAAACGAACUCUUUUGUUCUUAUUGCCUUAGAUGGAAAGUGAUGAUCUUGCAUACAUGGAACUUGCAAUUCACCAGGCAAAACUUGCUAUGGAAAGCCUUGAAGUGCCUGUUGGCUGCGUAUUCAUUAAGGAUGGUAGUGUCAUUGCCUUUGGUAGAAAUCGAACCUCUGAGACUCGAAAUGCUACAAGGCAUGCAGAAAUGGAAGCCAUAGACAUCCUUCUGGAGAAGUGGAAAAAAGAUGGGCUUUCAAAAGCAGAAGUUGCUGAAAACUUUUCACGGUGUGUUUUGUAUGUUACAUGUGAACCAUGCAUAAUGUGUGCAGCAGCUUUGUCAUUUCUUGGCAUCAAGGAAGUAUAUUAUGGUUGUGCAAAUGAGAAAUUUGGAGGAUGCGGAUCGAUUUUAUCCUUGCAUUCCGGUUGCUCAGAGCCAUCCAUAAGUGAUGAAGUUCCACAAAGGAAAGGUUUCAAAUGUACAGGAGGAUUAAUGGCCUCCGAAGCAGUCUCUCUUUUUAGAAGUUUUUACGAACAGGGGAAUCCUAAUGGUAUGCAAUUUUUGCUUCACUGCAUUGGGUCUAUUAAGUCAAAGUUCAUGAAAGAAUGAUAUAAAUGAAGAGAUAUUUAUAUCUCACGCCAGAGUUGACAUUUAGUAUUGCUUUAGAUAGCAAGAAUAUUACAUCCUCAUGGAAUCAGAGGUUGAUGCAAUCUAGAACAUCAUGGCAUAUUGCUUUAAUCCAUAUCCUAGUAAAAGAUUAUUCCUGAAUCCGGAAACAAUGCCAACAAGCAUGUAAAAAUAUGUUGAAAUUGGGUAAAUUAUGACAAAUAGUCUGGAAAGGAUUGCGUUUGGUCAAAUUAUAUCUAAAAGGAACCUAGAAUAGUGCACAUGUUAGUAUGCUUUGGGAAAAAAGAAGGCAAGAUUACACUA